AGCGCUGCCGGCCUCCGCGUCCCGAGGGCCGCCCCUGCCUGUGGCCGGGGGUCCCUCCGCUCGGUGAGGCUCUGCUGCAGGCUUGUGAAGAAGAAUGUCGUUGUUUAAAGCUCGAGACUGGUGGUCCACCGUACUUGGGGAGAAGGAAGAAUUUGAUCAAGGCUGUCUGUGUGUUGCUGAUGUCGAUAAUAGUGGCCAAGAUAAGAUUAUUGUGGGCAGUUAUAUGGGAUAUCUCCGUAUCUUUAAUCCACAUCCUGUGAAACCUGGAGAUGAAGUGCAAGCUGAGGACUUGCUCUUGGAAGUGCAGUUACGAGAGCCAAUACUACAGGUGGAAGUGGGGAAAUUUGUUUCUGGUACUGAAGGACUUCAUCUGGCUGUGUUGCAUUGCCGACGACUCUGUGUGUAUGCUGUUUCAGAAACUCUAGGGAAUGUAGAGCAUGGUAACCAGUAUCAGAUCAAACUGAUGUAUGAGCACCAUCUUCAGCGAACUGCUUGUAAUAUGACUUAUGGACCAUUUGGUGGUGUAAAAGGUCGAGAUUUGAUAUGUAUACAGUCCAUGGAUGGGAUGCUAAUGUUAUUUGAACAGGAAAGCUAUGCUUUUGGCCGUUUUUUACCUGGUUUCCUUCUGCCUGGUCCCUUGGCUUACAGCUCUCGGACAGACUCUUUCAUUACAGUGUCUUCCUCUCGACAGGUUGAGAGUUACAAAUACCAAGUGCUGGCAUUUGCAACCGACGCUGAUGGAAGACAAGAAACAGUACAACAGAAACUUAGUUCUGGAAAGAAACUUGUGGUGGAUUGGGUUCUCAACAUUGGAGAACAAGCACUGGAUAUAUGCAUUGUCUCCUUUAAUCAGGCAGUUUCUUCUGUUUUUGUACUUGGUGAGAGAAACCUCUUCUGCCUGAAGGAUAAUGGACAAAUUCGCUUCAUGAAAAAGCUUGAUUACAGUCCAAGUUGCUUCAUUCCUUAUUGUUCAGUGAAAGAAGGAACAAUAAACACUCUAGUCGGAAACCAUAGUAAAAUGCUGUAUGUUUAUCAAGAUAUUACACUGAAGUGGGCCACUCAGCUUCCCCAUGUUCCUGUAUCAGUAAAAGUAGCCAAUUUACAAGGUCUGAAGGGUGUCAUAAUUACUCUGAGUGACAGUGGACAUCUGCAGUGUUCCUACCUUGGUACUGAUCCUUCGCUCUUCCAGGCUCCUAAGGUUGAUUCUAAGGAAAUAAACUAUGAAGAAUUCAAUGCUGAAAUGAAGGAGCUUCAGAAAAUCAUCAAGGAAGCCACAAAAACACAAGAUAUUUUGCCCCAGUCUGAAAAACACAGAGACCUAAUUGUCACUGCAGAAGUUUCACCAGACUUGGAUGUGGAGUCUCAAGCCAUUGACAGCGAAGUAAAAGCAGAGGUGGUACCGUCAGUCACAGUAAAGGUAACAAUACAGAGCAGAGUGAUGGCGCAGAAGCCGUACCUGGUAGUGUGUGUCCAAGCUCCACUAGCAGUGACCUGUGACCAGUUCACCUUUAAUGAUUUAGAUCCAGGAUUAUCUGAAACUGUGGUCCUGUCUGUCUUCUUGAAGGGAAAUUUUCCUCCAUCAGAACUAGAAGGAGAUUGUGUGUUUUCAUGUAAUACACCAACAGGGAUACCGAAGUUUGCCCAGUGUAAAUUCAAGCUGCCUUUGCGAUUAGUUUGCUUUCCAGCUCAACCUUCAAAAUCAGCAAACCACAAGCUAACUAUUGAUACCAAUAAACCUCCCAUCAGUUUUCUCACCAUUUUUCCAGACUUUGCUGAUCCAUCUGAGGAAGACCAGGCAAAUGUUCUGGGAUUUCAGUUCUUAACAGGUUCAAAAAUCACUCUUCUUGCUUCAAAAACAUCACAACGAUACAGGAUCCAGAGUGAUCAGUUGGAAGACCUUUGGCUGAUAACAAAGGAAUUAACACUUAGACUGGAAGAACAUUUCAAAAAGCAAAAUUGCAAGGACUUUGCAUGUACCUUUUCUGGCUCUGUUCCUCUGCAAGAAUACUUUGAACUAAUUGAUCAGCAUUUCGAGCUACGCUUGAAUGCUGAAAAGUUUCAGGAGCUGUUAUCUGAAAGGGCCAUACAAUUCAGAGCUAUUGAGCGACGAUUGCUGACACGAUUUAAAGAUAAAACUCCUGCUCCUCUUCAACAUCUGGACACCUUGCUAGAAGGAACGUUCAGAGAGGUAAUAGCUCUAGCAGAUGCAGCAGAAGAAAAUCAAGCCAACAUGUUCCAGGCAUUCACGAAGUUGAAAAGUGCCACCCAUCUUGUGAUUUUGCUGAUUGGCCUAUGGCAGAAACUCAACGCUGAUCAAGUUGCUAUUAUGGAAGCUACAUUUUUGCCACUUGCAGAAGAUACACAAGAGCUGGGUUGGGAAGAAACUGUGGAUUCUGCCAUUUCUUUCUUGCUAAGGACUUGCUUGUCAAAGAGCUCUAAGGAACAAGCCCUGUCUCUCAGCAGCCAGUUAAGCAUGCCCAAAGAUACUAGCAGACUUAAGAAGAAUAUCAGCCUGUUCUGUGAUAGAUUGGCAAAAGGUGGUCGCCUUUCUUUAAGCACCGAAACAGCCACUCAGCAAGCCACUGUUGUGCCAGGUGGCUGUGCUACAAUCCCAGAGUCUGACUUAGAGGAACGCGCAGUUGUACCGGGCUCCACAGCAGUGUUCUCCCAUCACAAGCACACUGCAAAGCAGAAAUCCAACCCGGGUUUGUCUGAGGAUGCAGCAGAGGAAGCUGAAAAGCCAUGAAAUAUGAAGACGACCCUCAGGAGGAAUUUCUAUCUGAUAUCAAAUGCAUUCAUAGAGCAGCAGUACCGAUCCUUUUCACUCUGUAUCAAUUAACAGCCUUCAGAAGGAGAGGACUGUGAUAAUUUAUACAAAAAUGUUCAUUUCUAAUCAUUUCAGUUGGAUCUUCCUGAGAACUGCUAGCAUUUUUUCUGUGAGCAAAGCUUACGCACUUACUCAACUGUGGUAGGGAUGUUGUGUUAAGUUCUGUGAUACAUCAGCCCUUCCUAGGGAUUCUGUUGAUUGAUCAAAGACUGUUUACAUGUAGUUAAAAGCAACCUUUGUUUCAGGAUAUGUUUUAUCUGUUUUUUAAGAUAUUCUGAACUAUACCUCCCUUUGAGAUUAUAUUAACAUUUGCUAUAUCACAGCUUUGACAAAAGAUAACUAUCUCUUUUCCUCCUGUACUAACAUUCACCAUUCCAGACAGCUGAAUUCACCACAAGAAGAAAAACUGGUAAUCCAUCAACUCUUUUUUGGCCCCCCCUCCUCCCCCUCAUUGCUUAUACAAACUCCUGCUCUCAGGAGAUACAGAGUAAAAUAUGGUUACUGGACGUAAAGGGCAAACCCUUUUGCCAUUAACAAUGUCACUACUACGUGAAUAAAGUUUACACUUUAAGUACCCUGAGCACAGCAACACAUGGAUCUUUCUAUGGUUACCUGUUAUUCCUGCUUUUCUUGUGGUUCAGCCUGUUUUAGUUAUGGGUUAGAUUUUCAAAACUAGCUAGCAGUUUUUGAGUGCCUUAAUUUUAAUGAAUCCAGUUAGAGGGGGCUCAGAGGCUUCUGUUUUUAUGAAGUGCAGAGCAUUAACAUUCUGAAAAUCAGGUCCACAUGAGGUGCCUGAAAUGCAACACCCAACAAUGGAGACAAGCCAAACACCCUUGUAAACCUUGGCCUAGGGUUUGGAAGAGUCACACUCAUGUCUGACUUCCUGAGGGCAAGCUGAGUGUGGUAUCAGAAGAAGAUAUUUGGAACUGAAAACAAGUGAGACCUGAGUCAAGAGUAAAGACAGACAUCUGAACAAGCUCUCUCUUGGCUAUUGCUGGUUCAUAAGAAAUUAGAAGCUGUGUUGUUUUUUUUUUUAGAUUACAGAUACAGAAAGCACGGCAGGUCUCAGCUUAGUUUCUGCAAUGGCAUGAGCCGUGUCCACUUCCUGCUCUCCCAUUGAUUUCAUGAACUCUGGUUCUCACCAUAGAAAAGGUCCCUCCAACUCACUUUUCUACUGCUUUGGCAAGGGUUGUGAUAGUUGCUGUGGUCUGUACAAGACUUGACCUAUGGAUUAAAAGGAGACCUUUUUCAGGAUCUGUUCAGCUUGCAACUUUCAUCGCCUUCAUAUUUACUUUCAACUGUUUUGCGUCCACCCCCAAAACAAAAGCAGUGUGCAACAAUUAUGGAUCUGCUGCUUAAUGCUUCGGUCCUAUUUGGCUCAAAAAACAUGAUAAAACCACAUUUCAGUGAGCCCUUUUCAACAUGCUAGCUAUUACAUGGAACAAAGUGGACAGGACGCUGGGUAAAGUUUCUGAUACCUCUAGAAUUGAAGUGAUCAGGGCCUCACAAUAAAGAAGACUCUUUACCCCAGGAGACCUCAGAAGUUGUAGUGCCAGAAUUCUUGCCUCUUUCCCAGGAAGGAAAAACCCUACACCCUACUUGUUAUGCGGGGUUUCUGCUGGUUGAAUUUCCUUCACUCUGAUCCCUCCCCCAUGGUCUUUGUCAAGAGGGCAGCAUCCAAACCGUUGUCAAGGUAUCCUGCUGCGCUGUGAAAAUUACCCAAUAAAAUAAUCUCCUGUA